CCGGCCGGGGAGCCUGCGCUCCGGCUCCCGCCGCAUCCCCCAGCCGCCGGCCGCGCCGCCGCUCCUCCUCCCCCGCCUCCUCCUCCUGGGCUGUGGACCCCCGGCCUCGCCCCCGAAACAUGACUCGCGAUUUCAAACCUGGAGACCUCAUCUUCGCCAAGAUGAAAGGUUAUCCUCAUUGGCCAGCUCGGGUAGAUGAGGUUCCUGAUGGAGCUGUAAAGCCACCUACCAACAAACUUCCCAUUUUCUUUUUUGGAACUCAUGAGACUGCUUUUUUAGGACCAAAGGAUAUUUUUCCUUACUCAGAAAAUAAGGAAAAGUAUGGCAAGCCAAAUAAACGAAAAGGUUUUAAUGAAGGUUUAUGGGAGAUAGAUAACAAUCCGAAAGUGAAAUUUUCAAGUCAACAGGCAUCAACUAAACAAUCAAAUGCCUCAUCUGAUGUUGAAGCUGAAGAAAAAGAAACUAGUGUUUCAAAGGAAGAUACUGAUCAUGAAGAAAAAGCCAGCAAUGAGUUUUAUUGCUAUUUGCUUUUUUUUCAGGAUGUGUCUAAAGCAACUGACAUCAGCACUCCAAAAGCUGCUAGAAGAGGGAGAAAGAGAAAGGCAGAAAAACAAGUAGAAACUGAGGAGGCAGGAGUAGUGACAACAGCAACAACAGCAUCUGUUAAUCUAAAAGUGAGUCCUAAAAGAGGACGGCCUGCAGCUACAGAAGUCAAGAUUCCAAAACCAAGAGGCAGACCUAAAAUGGUAAAACAGCCCUGUCCUUCAGAGAGUGACAUGCUUACUGAGGAAGACAAAAAUAAGAAAAAGGGGCAAGAAGAAAAACCACCUAAAAAGCAGCUUAAAAAGGAUGAGGAGGGCCAGAAGGAAGAUGAUAAGCCAAGAAAGGAACCAGACAAAAAAGACGGGAAGAAAGAAGCUGAAUCAAAAAGGAAAAAUUUAGCUAAACCAGGGGUUACAUCAACCUCUGAUUCUGAAGAAGAAGGAGAUGAUCAAGAAGGCGAAAAGAAGAGAAAAGGUGGAAGAAACUUUCAGACGGCGCACAGAAGGAAUAUGCUCAAAGGCCAACAUGAGAAAGAAGCAGCAGACAGAAAACGCAAGCAAGAGGAACAAAUGGAAACUGAGCAGCAGAAUAAAGAUGAAGGAAAGAAGCCAGAAGUUAAGAAAGUGGAGAAGAAGCGAGAAACAUCAAUGGAUUCUCGGCUUCAAAGGAUACAUGCUGAAAUUAAAAAUUCACUCAAAAUUGAUAAUCUUGAUGUGAACAGAUGCAUUGAGGCCUUGGAUGAACUGGCUUCACUGCAGGUCACAAUGCAACAAGCUCAGAAACACACAGAGAUGAUUACAACGCUGAAAAAAAUACGGCGAUUCAAAGUUAGCCAAGUUAUCAUGGAAAAGUCUACAAUGUUGUAUAACAAGUUUAAGAACAUGUUUUUGGUUGGUGAAGGGGAUUCCGUGAUCACCCAAGUGCUGAAUAAAUCUCUUGCUGAACAAAGACAGCACGAGGAAGCAAAUAAAACCAAAGAUCAAGGAAAGAAAGGGCCAAACAAAAAGCUAGAAAAGGAACAAACAGGUUCAAAGACUGUAAAUGGAGGAUCUGAGGCGCAAGAUAGCAAUCAGCCGCAACACAAUGGCGACAGCACUGAGGAAAGCAAAGACAGUCAUGAGGCCAGCAGCAAGAAAAAGCCAUCCAGUGAAGAGAGAGAGACUGAAAUAUCUCUGACGGAUUCUACGCUAGAUAACUAGGGUGACAUACCUGGAGUUUAAAGUUAACAUUUGAGAAGUUUGUAAUGGUUUUCAUUUGAAAUAUUUAGACUGCUCAAAGUUUUAAAUUUUUAUAAGCAUAGGUUUUGAUGUUUAAAACUUGUUUUGAGGGAGAAAAUGCCUUUGUUUAAAAGUAAUUAAACAUCACUAAUUGUUCUUGUGCAGUAUUAACAGCUCCAUUAAACAGUAAACGUGGGGAGAAAGUCCAUUUAGAAAAUGUUAAAACUGCCUUUCCAGAAAUGGUUGUAGCAUAUUUUCAAUUAGUGUGUGUAUGUUAAUGUGUAAUUGGUAGAACAAAGUUACAUUUUUAAAAAUGCUACCUGUAUAAACCUUUCCUCUUCUCCCAAAUACUGUGGGUUUUGUGCAUAGUUUAUUACAAAUCUUGGAUCUCACUGUUUGUGGGUUUUGUAGAAGUUGAGCAUUUUUACGGUAGAGAAAAUGUUACUUCUAUAUAAGUACUCACUCCCUCCUUUCACCAAAAGUUAAUUUUAAUAUCACAGUCUCUACAUUGUGGUACAUUAUCCUGCUUCUUUGUAACAAUGUGUAGUCUCUAUGCCUUUUUGUAUGACAGCUAGAUACCCAACUGAUAUUUAAUUGGCGAUUCUAGGAGGUACAGAACAAACUGUUAAUUUUUAGAAAUAGUUUUUUUUUGCUGGGAGUUCAGUGAAGUCACAUGACUUCCCUAAAGAGAACACACUGGGUAUAUUGUAAAUCUGACUUUAGGGUUCAACCAUCUAAGAUCCUUUACAGGCAUUAGUAACACUGAAAACUAGAUACAUUUAUUUUUUGAGAAGUGUCUCAAGUUUCUAAAUAUUUUUAAAAGUCACACUCAUUAAGAAAGCUGUUAUAUUUUUUAAUUGGAAAAAAUCAAUCCAUGAUGCUUAUGCAGAAAAUAUAAAUGCUAUACAAGUGAACUAACCUAUUUGAAAACAAGGCCAUAUUAGAAAGUAAUUUGUAUUUCCAUUUCUGUUUCAUACAUGUAACAGGAUUACAAAAAGUAGAGACUAAAUCAGAGUGCACCAAUGUUAUGACAAAUUAUAAGUGUAAUAACAAAGGAUAGUGUUUCUAAGAUAUUUUGAAUAUUAGGGCAGUUGUUGGUUUUCAAUAGGUAGAAGGAUACUUACGUUUUGACACUAUGAUAUGGGAAAAGGACUUUAAAACCAGUGUUUGUGUGUGACAUGCAUUGUAUGUUCUGACUUUUCAUCUACAGGUUAACAUUUGAACUACUUCAGUAAUUGGACUUGUGCAGUCCAGAGGUCUUAGAAGGGAAGCUAGGACCCAAUGUUUGGAGGGAACUCUGCUGUUACAUUAUAUAUACCUGUUUCGGUCCAUAAUUCAGUUUUAACUUGGACAAAUUUAUUCUAGUUAAGCCAUAAGUGUCAACGUGUAAACUUGUUUUGAUUAAAGAAUUUUUCUAUCAAACUA